GAAAACACAGGAAGGAAAGUGACUUUUUGCCAAAUAAGAAAACAAACUGCCAAAGCUUUCCCGAGUGUCAUCCUUCAUUUUCGAACACUAUCAAAAGCUUUCAUGAUCAAUUCUGUUCUGCUUUCCUGCGAGUGUCGCUCGAUUUUUGUUGCGCUGUAAGUUGAAAGCCUGUUUCUUACUUGAUCGACAGGAUUUUGGGAUGAUAAUCAGUAAAACAGAGGUGAACUUGAGGAGGCUGCUUGCAGCUGCUCCUCAGCAACAAAACCAGGCAAAACUUGUACAUUAUAUUGCUACUUUACGAGAACAGCUAGAACAACUAGCUGAAGAGAGAACUCCAGAAGGCUUACCAAGAGUUUCAAAGGCUGUCUUGAGUGAUUAUUCAGAGAAGAUUGAAGUCAUUGCUUCCAAAUUAGCUGCUCCACCGCCUGAUAUUCAAGCACCCCCGGAGUCUCUUGCAAGAAUUUCUGUCAAAGCAAACUCUUCUGAUACAGGAGACAAUCAGUUUCCCCUUUCUCCAGGCCUGAGAAGGAGAUUCGUGCCUACCUCAAACGAAGAUGGAACUCGUGAGACUCUUAGUGUUGAUUCUUCAGCACCUGUCAAACUGGAUGCUGCAGCCCAAGCACACAUUGAAAAGCAUAGAAAGCUUCAAGAGGAUUUGACCGAUGAAAUGGUGGGAUUGGCAAGGCAACUUAAAGAAAGUAGUCUCAUGAUGAGUCACUCCCUGAAAGACACUGAAAAGAUACUUGAUUCUACAGAGAAGGCUGUUGAAAGUAGCUUGGCAAGCACUGGCCAUGCCACUACACGGGCGGCGGAUAUAUACUCGAAGACGUCCAAAACUACGUGUUUCACAUGGCUUGUAAUGUUUGUAAUGACAUGUGUAUUCGUCAUGGUUGUACUUUUAAUUCGUGUCACUUGAGUGUAUGUUGAGUUAGGAAAAUUUAUCUUUCCUCCCGUAAUUGCUAUGUAUAAUUUGCAAUGUCGAAAAGUGACAUAGUUUACAACUUAUCAUGGACAAAUUUUCUCAGAACUGGUUAAGAAAACAUUCCCUUUCCUCA